AUGUCUCCACCUCGUUGCGUCCGCUAUGUUCAGAGGCUGACGGGGCGAUUAGCCGCCCUGAAUCGGUUCUUAUCACAGUCAGCCGCUAAGGCACUGCCCUUUUUCAAAGUCUUGAAGAAAGCUGACCACUUCUCCUGGACGGAAGAAUGUCAACAGGCGUUUGAGCAGCUGAAGGAUUACCUUCACCACUUGCCCAGGCUCACCUCACCACGUCCAGGGGACAAAUUGAUCUUAUACCUGUCUGCUGCGACCGAAGCCGUGAGCGCCGUGCUGAUAGGGGAGGAAAGAGUUCAAAUGCCCGUCUACUAUGUUAGUCGGGUCCUCCGAGGUCCCGAGACGAGGUACACGCAAGCGGAGAAGCUUGUGCUGGCCCUGAUCCACGCAGCCCGCAGACUCAAGCCCUAUUUUCUAGCUCACCGCAUCUGUUUGAGGACUGACCAACCCCUCCGGCAGAUCUUGACACGACCUGAGGCUUCGGGACGUCUUACCAAAUGGGCCAUUGAGCUGGGGGAGUAUGACCUCUCUUAUGAACCUCGCACAGCGAUCAAGGCCCAAGCUCUCGCGGACUUUCUAGCCGAACUUACCUUUGAUGAAGUGAAAGCACCCAUCCCAACUGCCACCCCGGUGACAGCUGAAGUAGCCCUCACUGGGUUCCAGCGAUGGAUUCUACACGUAGAUGGGUCGUCUAACAGUGAGGGUAGUGAAGCAGGCUUGCUCCUCGAAGACUCUCAAGGAGAUGUGUGCUCGUACGCCCUGAGGUUUGACUUCGCUGCCUCCAACAAUGAAGCCGAAUACGAGGCUGUCAUAGCUGGCCUGCAGUUAGCUCGCAAGCUCGGGGCUUCACACAUUUUGGUGUAUAGCGACUCCCAACUCAUCGUGUGCCAAAUAUUAGGCGAAUACGAGGCCAGAGACGAAGUGAUGCAUCGCUAUCUCUCUAAGGUCCACCAGCUAAUAGCACACUUCGAGUCCUUCAAAAUCCAAAGGAUACCACGGUCACAGAACCGGAGGGCUGACGCCCUCUCCCGGCUCGCGUCUACUUCUUUUGCCGACCUAAACAAGACGGUUCUCGUAGAAGUUCUAACCGAAUCGGGGUAUGAAGGAGAGGUCGUGUACCCCAUCUAUUCCGAGGACAUCUGGAUGGGGCCCUUAACCCGAUUUCUCAGCCAUGGAGAGCUCCCUGAGGACCGAGCUGAAGCACGGAAGCUUCAGCGAAAAGCAGUUCGGUACACCCUCCGACAAGGCUUUCUCUACAAGAGGUCUUACCUCGACCCCUGA